CACAGCCAAUGGGCUGGUGCGGCCACCUGGCCACCCACCUCAGUGCGCACCCCGCUAUGGCCAGUCUGCUCCGCGCUGCUGCGACCUGGGGGCUGUUCCCCUGGAGGGGCUACUGCUCCAGGGGAACGCAGGGCGAGCUCAGCAAAGGCUUUGUGGAGGCUCUGAAGGCAGUUGUGGGGAGCCCGCACGUGUCCACCGCUGCCGCCGACCGUGAGCAGCAUGGGCACGAUGAGUCCAUGCACAGGUGCCAGCCUCCAGGUGCUGUGGUGUGGCCGCAGAAUGUGGAACAGGUCAGCCGGCUGGCAGCCCUGUGCUACAGCCAAGGAGUGCCCAUUAUCCCGUUUGGCACUGGCACCGGGCUUGAGGGUGGAGUCUGUGCUGUGCAGGGCGGUGUCUGCAUCAACCUGACCCACAUGGACCGCAUCCUGAAGCUGGAUCCGGAGGACUUCUGUGUGGUGGUGGAGCCGGGUGUCACCCGCAAAACUCUCAACACCUACCUGCGGGACAGUGGCCUCUGGUUUCCUGUGGACCCAGGCGCAGACGCCUCGCUCUGCGGCAUGGUGGCCACGGCAGCCUCCGGCACCAAUGCUGUGCGCUAUGGCACGAUGCGGGACAACGUGCUCAACCUGGAGGUGGUGCUGCCUGGCGGCCGGCUGCUUCACACCGCCGGCGCCGGCCGGCACUUCCGGAAGAGUGCAGCUGGCUACAACCUCACGGGGCUCUUUGUGGGCUCUGAAGGGACACUAGGACUCAUCACAGCUGCCACCCUGCGCCUGCACCCUGCCCCCGAGGCCACGGUGGCCGCCACCUGUGCAUUUCCCAGCGUCCAGGCGGCCGUGGACACCACUGUUCACAUCCUCCAGGCUGCACUGCCUCUGGCCCGCAUCGAGUUUCUGGAUGAAGUCAUGAUGGAUGCCUGCAACAGGCACAGCCGGCUGACCUGCUCCGUGGCGCCCACACUCUUCCUCGAGUUCCACGGAUCUGAGCGGGCACUGGCCGAGCAGAUAGAGCGGGCAGAGGAGAUCAGCCAGCACAACGGAGGCUCCCACUUCUUCUGGGCCAAGGAGGCCGAGGAGCGCAGCCGGCUCUGGGCGGCACGGCACAACGCCUGGUACGCCGCUCUGGCCCUGCGGCCGGGCUGCAAGGGCUAUUCCACUGACGUGUGUGUGCCCAUCUCCCGGCUGCCAGAGAUCCUGGUGCAGACCAAGGAGGACCUGAAGGCCUCGGGACUCACAGGAGCCAUUGUUGGACACGUGGGCGACGGCAAUUUCCACUGCAUCCUGCUGGUGGACCCAGAGGAUGCCGAGGAGUUGCGUCGGGUCAAGGCCUUUGGAGAACAUCUGGGCAGGCGGGCACUGGCACUGCACGGGACAUGUACUGGGGAACACGGUAUUGGGCUGGGCAAGCGGCAGCUGCUACAGGAGGAGGUGGGCGCCGUGGGCAUGGAGACCAUGCGGCAGCUGAAGGCCACGCUGGAUCCCCGAGGCCUCAUGAACCCAGGCAAGGUGCUGUGAGGGGCUCCAAGCCCUUGGCCCAGCAGCCCCCAGACAGUGGAAACCUCCUGUUCUGGAACCUUCCUUCUCGUCACGGAACAGUUCUGUCUUGGCCCAGACCUGCAGGGGUCCUUGCCUGCCUUCCCCUUGGUCAGAGCCUCCCCGCUGCCGGGGGCCAGGGGCAAGGCCUCAGGGACUGAGCUCUCUUAGCCCUACUCCGCCUGCCUGGUGACAGGCACAUGCUUUCCUGGUGUAGGUGUCCUCGGACCCCUGAAAUAAACUAGAACCCCAUUUGCAGCAGUCUGGACAUGAGCAGACAGUGCCUGUGAACGCCCUCCUGUGCCUGCCCUCCCUACCCCUCCUUCAGGUUCUCUGACCUUUGUUCUUGUCCCUCGUCCCUCGUCCCUCGUCCCCUGCCUGUCCUCUGACUUACUGCAGCCUGGGAGGGGAUGGUGCUUAGGCUACUGAAAGUCGCUUCCAGGGACCCAGGUCCCUGACCCAUCUGCUGCUGGUGAGAAGACCAGUGCCUGAGGAUGACAUCAUGGCCCGUGGCCGACAUCCCUCACGACAGGCCACCCACCUGAGCCUGGACUGGGCCUAAGAACAUUCUGAACAUGUUCUCCAAGUGGCUGUUGCCAAUCAGUGGAAAUGGAAGUGAAAUUUUUCUCCUUGUGUUAUACUGCUCCAUGCUGUGAUGUAUCAGGUUACUAGCUUUUCCCUUCCAGGCCAGGAUCUGCCCUCCCCUGGGCCUCCCCCGGACCUUAGGAUCCCUGGCCAGACCGCUUGGUCCGCGAACUUGUCAGUUGUUCCCAAGCCCACGAGAGGGCGCCCAACACCAGAGCAUCCGCACUGGGCAGCGGCACCCAGGACUCACCUCUGUCCAGGGCCUAGAGCUCCCUGCCCUGGGUCCCCCUCACUACUUCCCCGAGGUUGGGGUGGGGGAGGCUUGGUGUCCUGGAAGCCAGUCUCUAAACUCCGCCCCAGGAGCCCAUCAUGCGGGCCCAUCUCCCUUGGCCCCUGAGCAAAAGUGCUGAGUGAGCAAAGCAGGGAGACUGGUACCCUCCCAUCUCCCCUUACCCCCACAAGCCACCGUUGAGCUCCUUCCCUGCCUCUACCCCUUGGACCCCUUCCUGCCUCUCCCCAUCAGCUGUCCAGGCCCUGGGCAGAGGCUGCCCUUCUGGGACUCCUCAGCCCAACUUGGUUCUUGGAAGCCACGCUUAACGCUGGACUGAGCCCAGUUUGCUCCUCUGUGACAUUUCUAGCCCGGAGCCACGAGCAAUCGCUGGGCCAAGGGGGUGGUGUGGGGGCAAGCCGCACCGGCUCUCCCCAAGCGACCCCGCUCCAUGAACAAUCUAAGCGUCAGCCGAGCGUGUCUGGACAUACAGCUCCCUGGCCGCACCCCCCACCUCCACCCGACUGCCUCGCUCCUGAGCCCAGGGGAGAAGUCCGCAGUGGAGGUUUCUCCCCUUACUGGGGAUGGCUCUUCUUUGAUGAGCUGAAAGAACAAGCACACCGUUCACUGAAAUACCAGCCCCUGAGGACUCAAGUGACUAUUUUUGCCUUAUUUGCUUUGUGUGUACUUUCUGGGGAACCAUCUGGAAUUGAGUUACACAUCUCUUGACACCAUUUACCUACAGAAUUCAGCAUCUAUCUCCUAAGCAUAAGGACCUUCUAAAAACCUCAACACUGUUAAAUGGCUGCUAGAUGAACGGUCUUAGGGAGGUGCUUCUGGCCAGGGAGCCCUGCAAAGUGUGCUGGGCCCUUAGCGGAGGGAGGGGGCAGAAGCCCCCUCGCAGUUCCUGCCGGUUCCCUCCCCUCCCGGAAAGAUAGAGCUUGGGAGAACUGCCCGGAUGGAGCAUGAAUGACAGACCAGUCCCACCCGGGAAGCCUGCACCAGCCCGUUCCACCCCCGCCAGAGGAGCUGGCGGCAACCGGGGCGGAAUCGGAGAACACCACAGCCAGCAGAGGGCUGCCGUGCGGUGCGCUGGGUGGGAGUGCAAGUCGCUGGGGGUGGGGACAGGGACCAGCCCCAGGAGCCUGGAAUAGCCCCCGGCCGUGGGCUCCAGCCUUCCCCACUGGGUCAUGACCACUUGGCUCACCCAGGGUGCUGCCAAGGCCACAGGGCCUAAGCCACCAAGGUGGUCACAGAAGCCUUCGCCUGCAGGCCCAGGGGUCAGGCAAGGAGAUCUCCAGGGCCAGCUUUGCUAGAGGAAUUAAAUUUAGAACAGGGAGACACAGUUGCCAGGCAGAAGCAGGAGGUGCUGUGAAUAGAACAGUGCUCUGUGCAGUGACAGACUACCAGGGAGCCUGCUAUGCAUGUGGCAGGGGCUUCCGGGCAGAUUCUCUGACCCUCACAGUAACCUCUGAGCUGUGCAACAUUGUGAUCACAUGCGAUCGAAUCUGAAGUUCAGAAGAGCAAAGUCGUCUCCCCAGGAUCAUUCUGCCCGACAGAGGAGCUCACAUGCAGA